CUGAGGAUGAAGACUUUUUUUUUUAUUAAUUAAAAGGAGAGAACAAAGGAUAAAAUUGAAUUAUACAGUUAUAUAUGUUUGGUAAUAUUUUCACGUGAAAAUCUGUACUGUAUAAUUAAUUAUUACUCCGGACUUCCCGAAAAAAUAAGGGCUAAGUUUAAAAAAACCUUAUUUUAUACGAUUUGAAACACUAUUCUCCUUUUAGAUAUUCAUUUUUUGACUUCAGCUAUUCCAACGUUUGAAAGUAUCCUUGUUUUAUAAUUUACCAUUUAACAAUUAGUUCGUAAUAUUGUUUAUUUAUUGUACGAAUAAAGAUUCGGGCUUUUGAGCUUUCGAGUUUUUUUAACUUUAAAAAAUUCAAACCUAAUUUUCUUUUCACGUGAUCAUAAAUAAUGUCUAUUAAUAAUACUAAAAAUUUUAACCAUUUGAAAUUAACCCCUGAAAAAUUAGCAGUAUGGGGCGAUCGUCGUUCUUCAAAUACUAAUUUAUUUCAGCAGAAUCAAAAUAAUGUUCGGGAUAACUCUCAAGAUCAUGAAACUAAUCAUGAACGAAGAACUAAUGAAAUCCAACAGGAAAAUGAAAAAAAUUUGCAUCCUUUACCAUUCGCUAGUCAAGUAAAUGAUCAUAGUAAUCAAUCGGUUCAUGAAAUUAACUCUAAUUUGAAUUUGCCGAACAAUCUACAAGUUGAAACCCAAGAAGAUAAUAUGUCUUUAGAUGAUGGAUUUGGUGAUUAUUUGAAAGAUUCCAAAUAUAUUCGAAAUAUUGAUCAAAAUGAAAUGAAUUUACAAGAAGAUUAUGAAAAUAUGAACAUUGAUAGCAAUGUAGAAACUAUUGACCUCACUGAAGGCUUUAUGGAUCAUGAUGUGCAAAGAUUGAAAAAUAAUGAGACUUUUGACCAGGAACAAAUUUUCAAUCCCAUAUCUGAAAAUAAAUGUAAUCUUAAUUCAUCAAUUAUUUUUGAGCAAAGAGAUAAUUUGUCAAAGGAUGGUUCUUCAAAUUUUUUAAAGACAGUACAGGAUGUUGCGCCAACUGUCGAAAAUCCGAUUGACCAAGAUAAUACGUUGCAUGAACAUCCGUUGAAAUUGGAUGCACCAAAUAAAGAGAUACAUUCCACUGAAAAUCAAGGCGAUUAUUUGAAAUCAUCGUACGAGGAAACAUAUUUCAAUACUAAACCUGCAUUACAAUGCAGGCCUAUUUUUAGUAAUGAAAAAUAUAACAAGAUGAAAGAAGCUUCCCGUUUACGUGCAUCUAAUCCAAACAUUUCUCACUUUAUGAAAACUGUCUUACCUAAUAAAAGAUCGGAUUUCGAUCGUGACAUGGAAGUGUGUAGCGUGCGCUUAACAAUAAUAUCUAAAUAAUAUGAUAACGAACAAUCUAAUUCUUAUCUAUCUUUAUACUUAUACGAUAGGAAAUUUUAUGUGAUAUAGAAGCAUGUGUGCUUUAUUUUUUCAUCAUUUAUAACUUUUUACUGGUAAAAUAAUAUUUAAUUAAUGACUUUACCGAACUAGAUUAUGAACUAGUGCAAGAAGGACAACUUGAAGUGAAUCAACAGCUUGAUUAUAUUGAGCGAUCAUUAGAUUCUUUGAAUAAGGAAUUCAACAAAUAUCGAGGUAAAAAAUAAUUUAUUUUUCGAGAAUUUUAAGGAAACUAAUCAUUUUAUCUUUGUACAGUUAAACUAUGUGAAUUGAGCCAAGACUUUUGUGAUCAAAUCCAGAUUAAUGUUCUUAAAGAAAGCGAAGAAUGGGAAAGUGUGUUUGAUAGGAUUGGAUCGUAAUUAUUAACUG